GGAGGUUGUAUGGAGAGAAUUGGGGGCCAUGAAUAAAAUCACCCUUCAUUAAAAAAAUAAAGAAAUUGAAAGUAAUAUUUCCUCCCUCAGUCACUACAACGGAGAUGGAGAUGGCCAUGGCGAUGGUGGAGAAACCCUCAAUCGAGAAACUUUGAAUCGUUCGAUUUCGCAGGCAAGUUAUUUCCAUAUCCCGACACAAUUGAUUCUUCUCGUGUAUUAUCGAAUUUUCUCCACUAUGAUUGCAAUGGCACUCAGGAAUCUUUCCUGUUUAUGUUUGAGCCCUAAUUCAUUUAUCUGCAACCCCAAUGUUCUCUCAAUCCACUUUUUUUCGACUGCGAGAGCCAAAAGACUAAUAAUCCCUUCCCCUGAAAUUUACGAUAUGCUGCUCCAUAAACACCAAUUUUCUCCUGAAUUGGCUGCACUUGCUUCAUCGCGCUUACCUAAAUUUAGAAGCCCCAAAAGAGCUGAUUCAGUACUCUCAUUCCUCAAAGAGAAUAGCUUUACGACUACUCAGCUGCAGAAACUCGUCAUAUAUAAUCCUCGGAUUCUAGGAUUUACUAUUAAAAGUUUGGAAUCCAGAUUCAAGGUAUUCCAAGACUUGGGGCUUUCUUCCGAGGAGAUUGCCAAGAUAAUUUCCAGUUAUCAAGUGAUUUUGCAUUCAUGUAUGGCCAGCAAGAUCAUUCCUUCCUUAUCGAUGCUAAAGGCCUUGCUGGGAUCCAAUGAGGAGGUGGCCAGACUUUUGAAAAAAUGUGCGUGGUUUUUGAGGUCCGAUUUGGAGAAAACCUUAAUGCCAAAUGUGGAAAUCUUGAAGAGUUGUAGUAUACCAAUGGAGCGUAUCCUUCAAUUCCUCUACACUCGGCCGAGAUGUUUCUUAGUCAGGCCGGAUAUUAUGAGGAAAUCUGUAGACAGGGCCGUGGAAUAUGGGAUCUCUCGGACUUCGACUGGUUUUAUCCACGCUCUCGGAGUUUUCUCUUCUACGAGUGAAGGGAUGUGGGAUGUCAAGUUGGAAACUCUCCGUAAUUUGGGAUUUUCUGAUGUUGACAUAUUCACAAUGUUUAGGAAGCAACCUAAUGUGUAUUCAGCAUCUGCAAAGACAAUGAAGAAUAAAAUAGAAUUUUUGCUUACUACAAAGAAGUACAAUAUAUCCAAUAUUGUCACUUAUCCAGUGGCACUUAUGUGCAGCAUUGAGAAGAGGCUUGAGCUUCGGAUGCAAAUUCUAAGACUUCUGGAAAGUAGGAAUCUCAUUGAAAAGUGGCCUACUCUUUCAACACUUUCUAUAUCUACAGACGAUAAAUUUUUUGAUGGCUUUGUUAGGCCUUAUUGUGACGAGAUUGGCCAAGAAUAUAUCGCAAAAAUAUGUCAAGCGCAAAGGUAAAUGGAGCUUUAAGUGGAUGCUCAAGAAACUUGUAUAAAGUUCUAAUGCUUAGGUAAAUUAAUUUCUUAGAUUUUGAACUUGUAUGAAUCUCGUGCUUAAUGUUUGCAUCCAUCCUGUUUAUCUAAGUAAUCUUGUAUAUUUAAGCUUGUAUUGCCCCAUAUUUUCUAUGAUUAUGAAUUUUGUCGCAA